CGCAAAGUUUGCCUCAUCCAUUACCCACUUACCACAUUUCCACAUCCCACUCGCCCCACUCGCUCCCGUCCCCCCCUGCACUUCUCUCUCACGCUCAGAUCUCUUCCCUUUCUACAUUUUUCUCUCUCCUCCAUUUCCAUGGCGAUUCUCCUCGAAUCUCUCGCUAUUCCUUGCUCUUUACCUUUUCCUUCAGCCUCACUUUCUCCGAUUUCCUCUUCUUCCUCUACACCAUCUUCCCUCUCCACUUCGCUCAAAUUGCCAGAGUUCAGAGGCUUGAAGGUCAGCUCCGGUUGUUCAACUCGUGCUCUCGGAUCGGUGACUUCGCGCGCCAGGAUAGGUCGUCGUUGUAGCCGAAUCGUUUGUGAGAGUUCUGAUACAACUUUUCAAUUGCCUUCUGUAACUGAAGAAACAUGGAAAUCCCUAGUCCUGGAAUCAGAAUUGCCUGUUAUUGUAGAAUUCUGGGCUCCAUGGUGCGGGCCUUGUCGAAUAGUCCAACCAGUAAUCGAUGAGCUAUCGAAGGAGUUUGCUGGGAGGCUUAAGGUGUUCAAAGUAAACACUGAUGAUAGUGCGAACAUUGCAUCUGAAUAUGGAGUCCGAAGCAUUCCAACUGUUAUAAUUUUCAAGAAUGGCGAGAAGAAAGAAGCAAUUAUUGGUGCUGUCCCCAAAACUACUUUAACCUCCAGCAUAGAGAAGUUCUUGUGAACGUGAUUUGUGAUAUGGUGGGUAGUAAGUUGAUCUUUGGAUUCCAACUGGUUCUUUUUUCAUUAGGUGGGUAUAUGGUGAUGCUGUGCUAAAACAAUAAACUUGAUGUGGUCCUGUAUAGUUGAUGCUAUUGUAUUUGGAUUCCUUGGAAGAUUCGGGUUGAAGUUCCGUAGAUGUGUCUGUUCUUAAUGUGAUAAGGUAGUAGCUUUCUAAAGUUCCAUGUUAGAUAACCUUUGUUAGAAGCGAUAUCGCAUCUGAUUUUCUCAAGGCUUAACAAGCUUUCCAGCAAUUGCUAUGACUUAAACAAGUUCGUUCUGGACUCUA